AUGAAGUCCAAGAGCCUGGUUCUUGCGUUCGGUGGAAUGAUCGCCGCCGCUGCAGCUUGGGCGAUCUGGGGCAGCGACGUGUUCCCCCCCGAGCGAGACCCCACAGGAGACCCGGAAACCUGGACGCGGGGGGAGAUGAGGCGGUGGUUGGCGGCGAGAAACCUAGUACCGCAAGACGGCAGCACGAGGGAGGAGCUACUUGCGCGUGUGCUGGCAAACAUGAGGAUACCCAGAACUUGA